AUGUUCGAAGCCAGAUUAUUGAAGAGCGGGCAGCUCAAAAAGAUUUUGGAAGCCAUUAAGGAACUUUUGAAAGAAGCUACAUUCGAUUGUUCCGAUUCUGGAAUUCAGCUACAGGCCAUGGACGAUGCUCACGUUAGCUUGGUAUCUAUGUGUUUAAAAAGUUCGGGAUUUGAUAAGUUUCGUUGUGACCGCAACUUAUCAAUGGGCAUUAAUUUGGAAAGUAUGGUGAAAAUCAUGAAAUGUUGUUCUAAUGAUGAUAUAAUGACCAUAAAAGCUCAAGAUAAUGCAGAUACACUUACCAUUAUGUUUGAGACAUCAAAUCAAGAAAAAAUGUCGGAUUAUGAAAUGAAAUUGAUGAAUUUAGAUCAAGAACAUCUUGGUAUUCCUGAAACAAACUAUUCUUGCAUAAUAAAGAUGCCUUCAUCUGAGUUUGCCAGAAUUUGUCGAGAUUUGAGUCAGUUUGGAGAAUCAGUAAUUAUUGCUUGUACUAAAGAUGGAGUCAAAUUUUCUACAUCAGGUGACAUUGGAUCAGCCAAUAUUAAACUUUCCCAAAAUUCAUCUGUUGAUAAAGAAGAAGAUGGAGUCACUAUUGAGUUGCAACAAGCUGUAUGUUUGACGUUCGCUUGUCGUUACCUAAAUUUAUUUUGUAAAGCAGCUCCUUUAGCUCCACAAGUUAUUUUAUCAAUGUCGGGAGAUGUUCCACUAGUUGUAGAAUACCAAAUUGAAGAGUUGGGUUAUAUCCGAUAUUAUUUAGCACCUAAAAUUGAAGAAGAUGAUUAAUCUAUAUACAUUUAUUUACGUAAAUGAUUCUUAAGGACAAACUUACUGAUUUAGUAUUUAAACCAAAUUUUUCUUUAUAUACUUAA